AUGUCCAUCCGGAGCGCUGCUCUUGAGCUCGGUGGACACGAUAUUAAUUCAACACUUCGUGACGCGGUCUUCGCCCAGCUACGCGAGAGCUUUGGCCGUAUGAACUCCUCAACGUCCACAGCAACCACCCCCCAACAUGCAUUCGAAAAGCAGGCCGCCGACGUGAAGGCGCCAAAGAGCGACAUCAAUGCUCUGAUCCUGGACUAUCUGACGAUGGAAGGGUAUCCCAAGGCUGCAGCAAAGUUCUGUAAAGAAGCAAACCUGCAGCCGCAGCAGCCCGACGAUUCCAUCCAGACACGGCAUGCUAUCCAGCAUGCUAUCCACAGUGGCAACAUCGAGAGUGCGAUCUCGGCUCUCAACGAACUUGAUCCAGGUAUCCUGGAUACAGACCCGGAGCUGCACUUUUCGCUCCUUAGGCUGCAAAUGGUCGAGCUCAUCAGGAAAUGCAACGGUGGCGACGUCACCCCUGCUGUGGACUUCGCGGUCGAGAAGCUGGGUCCACGGGCGGCCACUAACAAGAAGUUCCUGGUCGAGCUGGAAAAGACGAUGUCCCUGCUCAUCUUCCCGCACGACAGCCUGCAGCCGGAGCUGGCGGCGUUGCUGAGCUCUGACCUCCGCCGGGACACGGCGACUAAGGUCAACGAGGCGGUGCUGCUGCGAAAGAAUGAGCGUAGGGAGGCGGCUAUCCGGCAGCUCGUCCGCAUGCGAGCGUGGGCCGAAACGUCGGCCAGGUCCAAGAACAAGGACCUACCCGAUUCCAUCGAGUUGGGUCUGAACGCGGACAGCAUGGAGCAUGGUGCCGGCCAGCACGAGCCGAUGAUUACGACAUGA